AUGGCUACUUCCACCACGAUUACAAAGAAAAAGAAGCUUGUUUACAAACAGGACUCGGAUGGAGUGUUUAGAUUGAAAAAAGUAGAUGAUGGUAGCCGUAGUGACAAUUCGUCAAUUGAUACCAUUGACUACCUUAGGAGAAAAGAUAAGGUGGACAAGUACCUCAAUGAGCUUAUGGACUGCUCAUAUACCAUUGACGGUGAGCCUGCCACGCCACAUGGUGCACAAUCUACAGUCACAAGACCAAGAGCGAAAACAACGCCUCAUCAGAUCAAUACCAAUUCCCAAUUGGGUAAUUGUAAACAAACCGAAAAAAUACUGGACAAGCCGCACAUUGACAAAGCAAGGGCUUAUUCACUGCCUAUAACUACCACCACCACUACUGCAACCUCCUCGCACUUCUCGUUACCAAGCACAAGACACAGUAUGGAAAGUUAUACUAGUCAACAGCUAUCACAAGAUACAAAUUGGAUGGCCCAUUUAAGCGACAACCAAUACGAAUUUAAGUCAUUUCAUAUACCUAGUUUUGCAUUGGGAGUGAUCCUAACUGUCAUUGCUGCUGUGUUUAAAGAGCAAUUGACUCGAUUCACACUAGGGUUGGCAGUAUUUGGAAUCGUUUUAGUGCUUCUUGCCAUUUGCGCAGUUGCAGCUGCAGUCUAUUCUGGGUUGAUCAAACAAGAGGACAUAAACGUGCUCAAUCUAUUUAGUAAGAAUUUACAGGAUUCUCCUCAACCACCGGAUGUCACUAAUGAGUACAGGAAGAGAGAUGAUAUAAGUGAUAUCAUUCAACACUACACGGAGCGCAAUGGUCGCCGCAAGUCUCGAGAUUCAUUGACACCAAGUCUUGGCGGUGAUACCAGACAAAGCUCGCCAUCAGCAAAAGGUCGCAGAUCAGUCAUUAAUGUUAGGCCAUAUAUCCUGGACAGAACAGCUGUAAACUCGUCGAGCUCCUUACUCAACAAUAAUAACAACAACAACAACAACAACAACAGCAGCAGCAGCAACCACAACAAGACACAACGUCAAAUAAAGCCCAAUUACACUUUGGAGAACAGUAGCAGUCCUCAGCUUAAUAACGAUUCACAUGACCCUUUGCACAACUUACCAGCACUAAGUCGAGUCAACACAGAUCCAACACAAUUUACGAGAAACAAACGCAAACUGUCUUUUCCACCUUAUCCUGUAGAUACAGUGAGAAGACCACGGCUUGAUUCAGCUCAGACGCUAACCUCAGUGAAAAAUUUGCCAUCUUUACCCUCGGACGAGCUUCCAUUUAUUAACGAGGUGAAAUUGAUUGACACCUUUGAGCAGCAAGCGCGGUAUGAUCUGCAGUAUGCCGAUUCUAUAGCCCUGUCAUCCACAAAUGACAGAAGAGCUGGAAGAGACAGUUCUCUCACCAGACAGAGGUCCAUUUUAGGGACGACUGCAAAUUACGAAAAGUUUAUAGCUAAUGUAGGCCAUUGA